AUUUCAUCAUUGUGUUUAGUUGAAUUAUGGCAUUCACUCCUGUUGAUAAUAUCUACGUACAUAACCUUUGUGAAUUGAAAUACAAAUAAUUUGUGAAUGAAGAAAAAUUCGUGAGCUCAGAACAACAAAUUAUAGGAAUGCUCACCACUGGGAUAUUUCUUAUGCAAAUUUGCUUAUUAAUAUCUGGGCACCGAGCAAUUUCUGUAGACCAAAGUGACAUAAAAAAACUUCGUAAAACUGGCCGUAUAAAUGGAGAUUUCAUUAUUGGCGCUUUAUUCCCAAUUCACGGUUUGGAAAAUUCUAUGAAUCGAACAAAACCAUUGGAAUGUGAUAUCAUGAGAAGCAACGAAGGGAUACAACUGGUCGAGGCAGCUUUUUAUGCGGUAGAUUCCAUCAACAGAAACGAUGCGAUACUGCCUAAUAUCACAUUGGGCAUAACGAUAAAGGAUGAAUGUUGGAGUGAAGUGGUAGCUUUAUACCAGACCAUCAAACUAACAAGGACGCCUUCUCUGAUAGGAAGGAGUCUAGAUUAUCCAGGGGACCAAUGUGCCCAAAAAAACGCCACACCGUUAAUUGGCAUGAUUGGACCAGGUUCAGGUGCUAGUGUAAUUCCAGUGCUGAACUUUUUAGAGCUGUUUCAAAUACCAUUGAUCGGAUAUUCUGUCUCGCGAAUGAAUUUGAAACGUUCACGUUACUAUUUCAGCGUUAUUCCUUCGGUUUAUCAAGAAGCCUACAUGAUAGUUCAACUUUUAAAAAAAUUCAAAUUGUCCUACGUUUCUGUAGCUUACACAGAUGAUUAUUUUGGGAUCAGUGGAAAGUUUUACCUUCAAGAGUGGGCUGAUUACCCCAGUGACCCAAGAAUCUGUAUCGCAACCAAUAUCCAUUUACCAAAACCCGAUCGACCGAAAUUACAUUCGCAAGCCAUUAGAAAAUUAUUCGAAGACAAGAGAGUCAAAGUUAUCGUUUGCUUCUGCGAUGAACACCACAUAAUUAGCCUAUUUGCAGCCAUACGAGCGCGAAAUUUGACAGGGAAAUUCAUGAUUAUAGGAGUACAUGAUAGGUUAAAGUAUGACUUGACUGUGAAUGGUUACGAAGAAGAAGCUCACGGCAGUAUUAUGGUAGACAUUCGGAGAAGCUAUUUAGCAGAAUUUGAUGAAUAUUAUCUCGCCAAGACGUUGCAAAAUAAUCGAAGAAAUCCUUGGUUUGAAGAAUUCUGGGAGUAUCGUUUUCAAUGCAAAAUUCAUUCAGAUGCAGCAUCGUCUUCAAAAUGCACAGGGAACGAAAAGCUAAGCACAGGGUACAAACAAGGCUCCAAAAUCUCCUAUGUGAUAAGAUCAGUACACGCGUUGGCUAAUGCAUUACAUAAAAUGUACCAGGCGAAUUGUAAAAAAUAUCCUUGUUCAUCUUUAUACCCUUUUAAUGCCACACAAUACAUGAGAUACCUGAAAUAUCUGAAUUUUUCAUUUGACAAAGAGCAUGUGGAUUUUUCUAUGAAUGGAUCACCGAAUGUCGCUCGGUACGAUGUAUUUAAUUAUCAAAAGAUAAACGACACAUUCAAAUACGUGAAAAUCAGCGAAUAUAGCUGCGAUUCUUCAAAUUACAAAUUAUACCAUUCAAAUUGGACCCACUUCGAAAAAUUUGCAAGUUAUCAGUUACCUGGAGGUAAAUCUUCGUUUAAAAGUUCGUGUUCUGAUCCUUGUAUUUUUGGACAUAUUAAGCAAAACCAAGGACGCAACGAAUAUGCGGGAAGCGGACACGGGGAAAAUGGCGAAUCUGCAUGUUGUUGGUCCUGCGUACCAUGCAAACCCGAAGAAAUUGUAUCUGAUAGCACCACUUGUAAACCGUGUGCACAAGGUCAAUGGCCAGAUCACAACAAAACUAAAUGUUUGAAAUUACCAAUCGAAUACGCUCAAUGGACAUCAUCGCAGUGCUACUUGGCUACAGGAUUAUCCAUAUUUGGCAUUAUUCUAACCCUGUUGACCACAGCGGUCUUCUUCAAGCACAGAGAUACUCCCGUGGUCAAGUCUUCAACGAGGGAACUAUGUUACAUAAUUUUACUCGGGGUUUUAAUGCAUCACUGCACGAUUUUCCUGUGUGCCGCCGAGCCAUCGAUAAUAACUUGCUUUCUGUUGAGAAUAUGCCCACCGAUGAGCUACACUCUUGUAUUUGGAGCCUUACUGGUGAAAACGAAUCGAAUCGCACGGUUAUUGGUGAUAUCCAAAAGGAGAUUUCCAAAUCUGAAUCCUAGGUUUAUGACUUUAAAAGCUCAGGGUAUCUUGGUAGGUAUAUUGAUAAUGGUGCAAGUAAUACUCAGUUCGAUCAAUGUGACUGUUUGGCAAACUACCCUGAUAUGGGAAUUCAAUAAGGACAUGCAAACCCCGAAAACCUUAAAAAGAUGCGACUUCACUGCAGAAGCAAGCGCGAUCUGCGCUAUUUAUAAUUUAAUUCUCAUGUUUUUAUGCAGUUAUUACGCCUUCAAAGCUCGAAAUAUACCUGAUAACUUCAACGAAGCCAAGUUUAUUGGAUUCUUGACCUACAUCACCACACUAACUUGCACCGCUUGUACUCUGAUUUAUUAUGGUAGCGAACGGAAAAUGUUAUCUGUUGGAAUAAGUAUGUCGGUGAAUGGAUUCAACGUAUUGAUUUUAUUAUUUUUUCCAAAACUUUACAUAAUUUUAUGGGUUCCGGAGCGCAACACGAGACAAUAUUUCACCACAGCGACGGGUAUCAGGUGCAUAAUUGGUCGUAAGGAUAUAAUUUCCAAUGAGCAAUUACUAAGGAAAAAGUUCAUGAGGAAAGACUUGGAAAAUAUUGAGGAUUUAUACUCCUUGAGAACUUCAUCAACGAAGGAAACGAGUGAAGACACCACCAGACAAGAAUUUUGAACUGGAAUUUCUUCUUGUUGCCUAUAUGUAUCUGAAUUAGACAGAUCUCUUAGUACAUACUUAUCAUACCUUGUUGCAUUUACGUACUUAUUACAAGCACAAAAAAUAAAAUUUAAGAA